ACUUCCCUCCCACGCCGCACCGCUCGAAUGCACCGGUAGCUCGUAACCACACCCGCCGACACCGUGGGACCCCCGGGCGCUUGAGGCGCGGACCAGGCCCACGCGGCUGCAGGUGCGACCUCUCCCUCCCCGUCUCCGUCUCCGUCGUCGUCUACCACCAUUCCCCGACCAACCCGACUCCGCCAAGCAAGAGACUUUCCGCCACGGCCUGGCUGCGUCAAAUCCGAGCCAAGGCCGUCGGCUUCGUUUGGUGAUUUUAGCUCUGACGACCGACGCUUUGGUGCCUUGCGCCGGCCGGUUCAUCGACCGGAUUGAGCAAGCUCCGGGUUCAUCGAUCCAUCGAUCGAUCGUUGAGAAUGUCGAGCCUUGAGGAGCCGCUUGGUCUCGGGGACCUGCCAAAGUUGAGUAUUAACAGACUUGAGAGGUUCUCCUCGCCAAGUGUUUAUAGGGCAAGAGCUGAUGACUGUAACAGCGCCAAGUACAACAACUCCUGCAAUGGUAGCACUCAGAUGGUCUUCCAUCGCAAUUCUCACCCAUGGCAUCUGCAAUGCCGUAAUGCCAGUUCAUCCUGUGAUGGAGUGGAGCUUAGAGAUCUUCCUCGCAAGGUUCUGUGGGGUCUACCAAAGUUUGUGAAGAUAGUUGAAGUUGGACCAAGAGACGGCCUGCAAAAUGAACAAGGCAAUGUACCAACAUCUGUAAAGAUCCAGCUGAUACACAAAUUAGUGGCUGCAGGUUUAUCAGUAGUUGAAGCCACAAGUUUUGUUUCACCAAAAUGGGUGCCGCAGCUAUCUGAUGCAAAGGAUGUACUCAAUGGGAUCCUGCAAGUGCCAAAUGUGCGGUUUCCAGUGUUAACUCCUAACCUCAGAGGAUUUGAGGCUGCUGUUGCAGCUGGUGCAAAAGAAAUUGCAGUUUUUGCAUCUGCCUCUGAAUCCUUCUCUAAGUCGAACAUUAACUGUACCAUUGAGGAAAGCCUUGUUAGGUACCGUGAUGUUACUUCUGCUGCCAAGAAACAUAGGCUACGUAUCCGCGGGUAUGUUUCAUGUGUGGUUGGUUGCCCUGUUGAAGGCGCAAUACAUCCAUCGAAGGUGGCAUAUGUAGCUAAGGAGCUUUAUAACAUGGGAUGCUCGGAUAUUUCACUUGGAGACACAAUUGGUGUUGGUACACCAGGUAGUGUAGUUGCUAUGCUUGAAGCUGUCAUGUCCUUUGUUCCAGUAGACAAGAUUGCUGUUCAUUUCCAUGAUACACGCGGCCAAGCCCUUGCAAACAUCCUAGUCUCCCUUCAAAUGGGGAUCAGCAUAGUGGACUCAUCAGUUUCAGGCCUGGGAGGGUGCCCGUACGCGAAGGGUGCUACUGGCAAUGUCGCCACCGAGGACGUCGUGUACAUGCUCCAUGGCCUGGGGAUAGAGACCAACGUCGACCUCAGCAAGCUCAUGGAGGCUGGCGAUUACAUCUCCAAGCAUCUAGGAAGGCCUUUGGGCUCCAAGACUGCUACCGCUCUGCGCAAGCUAACCAACUGAGUCCACGAAGAUCAUUUUCGGGACCCCCAAAAGAAGAUGCAUCAGCUGGUGUCAUCACACGUAUUUACGUAGGCAGGUCAUAUAAAUGUCUACGGUCUCAAUUUAGUUUUCAUUCGUGAAAGUACACAGAGCAAACUGAUGUACACAAAUUUGUAUUCUGAAUAAUCAGCAUCUUUCAUGGAAGAUAUCGUGUUUGCAAAAAAGGGACAGAAGCAUGGCCAUUGCGU